AUUGUUUGAUAUAUUGGUAGUAGAUGAAUUUAAAGAAGGCAUUGGUGUUGAAGUUGAACUUGUGAAAAGAACAGCUGUUAAAUUUGUAAAAGGUGAAUGUGUUAAAAUUGAACUUGUAGAAGAUGAUGUUAUAGAAUGCAAAUGUGUUGAAGAUGAAGCAGUGAAAGGCAAAUAUGUUGAAGUUGAACUUGUAGAAGGCAAUGCU